CAGGAACUAACGGUGUCGGAGGGUUCAUCUGUCCUCCUCGGCCGAGCUUUUGUUGCCAGACAUGGCAAUGCCCAAGCUUAUUUAUUCCCAACUCCGCCGCACCCGUACCCUCUCCGGUUUCCCCUAUCUCUCACCGGCGGGCGUCUAUCGCCACGUUACCGGCGUCAACUACGAUGGCAACUCCACCCCUUCUCGACCUCCAAUCCAUCCCUACCGUAGCCCUCGCGCAUUUCCGGCUCCGAAUUCACUCUACGUUGGUCGACGUCUUCAUCAACGGGCCUUAUCCACCCUACCAGACGAGAGCUCCCCGUUCAUAGACGAUCCUAUAGCUGGUUUGACUUCGGAGCCUGAGCUUGCUGGUUCUGGACUGGAUGCUGAAGUUGCAAAAGGAGUAGUAACUGAUGUCGUCAGCAGUGGAGAAGAAUCGAUUCUCCCCGUCCGAGCGCUGAUUUCACUGCUCGAUGGGUACCACGACGUCACUGGCUUGCCUUGGUGGAUUGUUAUUGCAUCGGGCACUCUGGUUAUGAGAAUGGCGCUAUUCCCUUUACUCGUCCUGCAACUUAAGAAGCUGAAAACUAUCUCUGAAUUCUUUCCCAAAUUGCCACCUCCUAUCCCACCACCUCUAUCCGGAAGGACUUUCACUGACCAAAUUUCUCUGUUCCGAAGAGAAAGGAAAGCUGUUGGUUGUCCAUCAUAUUUGUGGUUUCUUGCCUCCGUCUCCGUUCAGGAUCAAUACAUGCAGCAUUGUAUUUAAAUAACUUGUAAUCAGGCUACUGAUGGCGUAUUCAAGAGAGCUGCAUUUAUCACACCUGGACCCCUUUGUGAACCUCUAUGGAUAUCUUCCUGGGCAAAAACUUUGUGCUCAUAUUACCAUCGUUGGUGAUAAAAGCUCAUCGCUAGGCCACAAGAAUCCUAUCUCAACUUGAUUCAGGUUCCGUGUUUUCUCUUGGCAGUAACCAGUAUUAGGAGAAUGUCUCUUGAUCAUCACCCCGGGUUUGAAUGUGGUGGCGCUUUAUGGUUCCAGAACUUGACUGAAUUUUCUCACGGUCCUUUUGGCUCUAUAUUCCCGAUAUUGAUUUCGGGCCUGCACUUUCUUAAUGUUCAGCUGGCUUUUGAUAAUUCGUCAUUACAAAAAAUGAACGGAACAUUGGGAUUGCUAGCGAAGUAUUACAAGCACUACUUGGAUUUUCUUGUAUUGCCUUUGCUUUACAUUGGUUACUGCAUACCUCAGGGAAGCCUGGUCUACUGGGUCACUAACAGUUCACUGAGCGCUGUCCAGCAUUUCAUUCUCAGGAGUCCCAAGGCUCGAGCACAAUUAGGUCUACCACAGAAAGAGUCUCCAGCUGCUGCUGCAAAUUCCACAGUCGUGGCUGCACCAGAAACCCCAUCCUUGGAACCACCAAUGUGGCAAAAAGUCAUUCCUGCAAAUUUAUCCCCUGUGGAACUCCUUGCAAUUUCUGUCAAACUCAUAUCUGGUGGGCAUACUGGAAGGGCAAUUCCUUUGUUAAGAGAGGCACUUGUAAAGGAUCCUGACUACAUAAGAGCUUUGGCUGUUUUGGGGCAGACUCUUCUGCAGAAAGGAGAGUAUGCAGAGGCUGCUCAACAUUUAGAGCGUGUUAUCUCCAAGAUUCUUGCUACUGGGAUUCCAACAGAAGGAGAAGAGGUUGAUAUCUUUAUUCUUGCUUCUCAGUGGGCUGGAAUUGCCAACAUAGAGCAGGGGAAGCAUGCAGAAGGACUAGUUCAUCUGGAAAGAGUUGCAAAUAUGAAAGAGCCCCUGGAACCGAAGAGCAAAGUCCAUUAUUUUGAUGGCCUGAUCAUACUUGCCAGUGCAUUAUACGACAAAGGCAGCAAAGCUGAAGCUCUAACCUAUGCUCGUUUAGCCGCGGCUUAUAAUCCUGCAAAAUACAAAAAGUUCCUUGAGAUGUGUGAAAACAAAGAAGACAAUUUUGUCAUCGACCUAGUCAGCAGUCGGAGGCGAGAUUAUUGAAACUUAGCAUAACCUGAACCACACUUUAGACUGAUUUGUGUACAGGCAUUUGUUUGUCUUCAAACACCACAGCAUAGGCAGAGCAAUUAUGUUAGAUUGAAGAACUCUCAAAUAGUUACAAAUAAAAGAGGAAAAAUUGUGGCAGGGAGGCAUAAUUGUGUCUGAUAAAUUUUGCUGCUUGCAUAAUUGAUUUUGGUUGGAACAACCAAGUUUUUUUUAGGUCUGGACAGGGUUUGGAGUUUGGACUCCUAGCUAUUAGCUAGGCGCCUUUGGAGGACAUCCAUCGUUAGCAGUAAACACCUGCCUUUC